UAAACAUGCUUGUUUUGGAGCCUUCAGAUUCAGGUAAUCUUUCUGGCCUGGGCCUAGGAUUCCACAUUUAAAUUUGUGCCCUGAGAGCUUCUUUGCUCUCAAAAAUUUGAGGACCACUGCCCAAGGACCCUGCUAGUUAUCAUUUAGUAUGGAAGAAGAUGAGUUCUUUGGAGAAAAAACAUUCCAGCGUUAUUGUGCAGAAUUCAUUAAACAUUCACAGCAGAUAGGUGAUGGUUGGGAAUGGAGAACUUCAAAGGACUCUUCUGAUGGCUACAUGUGCAAAACGCAUUUUCAAGUUAAAAAUGGGACUGUGGUGUCACAUCCAGGAACAUCUGCCCAUGAACAGACAUGUCUUCCCAUGGAGGAGGCUUUAGAGCUGCCCCUGGAUGAUUUUGAAGUGCCUGAGACCAUGGCGGCCACCGACGUGAUUAAAUAUGAGUAUCAUGUCCUGUACUCCUGUAGCUACCAAGUGCCCGUGCUUUACUUCAGGGCAAGCUUUUUAGAUGGAAGACCUUUAGCCCUGAAGGACGUAUGGGAAGGAGUCCAUGACUGCUAUAAGACUCGGCUGCUGCAGGGACCGUGGGGCACUAUCACCCAACAGGAGCAUCCCAUACUCGGGCAGCCCUUUUGUGUACUUCAUCCCUGCAAGACGGAUGAGUUCAUGACUCCUGUGCUAAAGAAUUCUCGAAAAAUCAAUGGGAACGUCAACUAUAUCACGUCAUGGCUGAGCGUUGUGGGGCCAGUUGUUGGGCUGAAUCUACCUCUGAGUUAUGCCAGAGCAGCCUCUCAGGGUGAAUGAAACGUCCAUCAACAAGACUCUCCUACUGAGCCAAAGAGCUUAGAAAUUG